ACGCACGGAGAACUGUCCAAGUCCAGUUAAAAACGUGUCUAAAAGCAUCUCUACAUACAUAGGACUGACUCUUCAAGUCCCACAAAGAACCGGUACAAGUUUCGCAUUUAACGGAAUCUUCACACACCGAUAUAACGGCAUAAACGAAGUCUGGUGUGUACCAAAAUAUCUGCGUACACAGAACUCUACGAAGCAGGCAUAUAGCGGUACAACCUACCGUGUUAUUGUAAGAGAGCCACCGACUGCAGUCAUGCCUAAGCUACGAGAGUUAUCAGUGGUUGUUACGUCGUCUCAAAGCUCCGUUUUCUUCAGCGGUCAAGUGGUGCAGGGUCACGUGGUUGUGGAUUUAGAGGAGAGCAUGAGAAUGAGAGGGCUUCGAGUUCACAUGUCAGGAAGGGCGGAUGUUCAUUGGUCAGAAAGACACACAACAGGAAGUGGAAAGAACAGGCGCAGUCAUACUCGUCAUUACCGGUCUCACGAGGUGUACCUCAACCAGAUCAUUGUACUCUACGGCAAAGCUCCAGACCAAGGGGGAGAUAAUCCAGAGCACCCGGCCGGAAGGUACACCUAUCCGUUUCAGUUUCAAAUUCCGUCAACAGCCCCGUCCUCCUUCGAAGGGGGUAUUGGAAAAGUCCGCUACCACAUCGCCGCUGUCAUCGAUAAACCAUGGAAAUUUGACGAUAAAUCAGUGGUUGCCAUAACCGUUGUGAAUCUGCUGGACUUAAACCGAGAACCACAAACAAUGCUAGGAAUCCAUGGCGAGAAUUCGAAGACCUUGUGCUGCCUGUGCUGUGAAUCAGGGCCGAUAACCGCUUCCUUCAAACUCAACCGACAGGGUUAUGUCCCCGGAGAGCAUAUACCAUGUUUCGCCGAAAUCUGCAACAACGCCAAUAAGAAGAUGGAUAAUAGCUUCAUCAAAUUAGUACAGGUAAUACUCUUCAAAGCUUGCAGGAAAACUCGGCGUGUAGUGAGAGAAUUGCAGCGGUUGCGAAAGGGUGAGAUUCCCCCUGGCGGCACGGAAACCUGGUCCGGGGAGACAAUCCGACUUCCGUCAAUUCCCCCUUCUCGUCUUCAAGGCUGCAAUAUCAUCGACAUCGAGUAUUAUAUAGUGCUGGUCGUGGAUCCGUCAGGGCUAUCAUUCGACUUGACAGUGGCGCUGGAGAUCAUCGUUGGUUCUAUUCCACACUGGUCCAUAGCCCAACAAUACAACCCCCAGGCGGCCCCUAGCGCACCCAUGCCCCAAGGCGGUCAGGACACCGAUCCACCACCUAUUGCCUUUCCAGACUGCAUGCCUCCUCCUUCCUACGCAGAGUGCGUGGGUGGUAAAGUGAACAUCCGGGGAACGGAGAAUUGGGAGCACACCCGGGGAAACGAAGAGUACUCCCCUCAGUACCCGUAUUAUGACUGGGGGACUCCUUACAACCCGGAGGGGGUGAUGGUGGAGGGAUAUCGGCCACAACCCCUCCCUGCCGAGGAGUCCACAGAAUAAUGGAUGAAGGCGUCUAACGUCUGCAGAUUAUUAACAAGUGAUAUUGUCACAAAAAGCGUUAUCAGUAAAUUUCUAGAUAUUGUUAAUUCAAGCAUUUUCGGACAGCGAGAGCACUUCAAUCAUCUAAAACUGGCCAAAAUGUAAACUUCUCCACUAUUUAAAUUUCAUACCCUUAUGUCUCUCUUGAUGUACACGUAGGGUACUCUUGACUGGAUUUUCAUAGUGGUUUAGGCCGAAUGUCCUGCUGGAUAAGUAGUUUCACAAGCUUUUUAGAAGCGGAAAUAACUCAAGGUUCUGCAGGCCUCUCAGUAUCUGUCUGCCUAUCGUUUACAAAACGGAGAUGUGAAUUUCACAUUGUAUUCUAUAAGUUAAUCAAUAACUGUUUAAGAUUUCAUAGUAACGUAAGAAUCAAAUCAAUGUUACAACCACGACUUUUUGUAAGCGUCUGUCAGAUCAGCCAAUAUUAUUCCUUACUUAUGUUUUUUAUAGUUAAUGUUGCGCAAUGUUUUAUUCUUCAGCGAUAACUUAUACCUCAUGCGUUUGGGCAAAUCUCCACUUUUUCAAAAUGUGUUAGCA